AGAAGAAUCUAGAGAUCGCAGAAGCAAAUAGAUUGUGGGAACAGAAACCCUAGCGAGCGGAAGGAGAGGGAGGGAAGCGAUCAAUCGUGAGAUAAACAGACAGGGUGAUGGGGAAGAAGAAGAAGAGAGCGACGGAGAAGGUGUGGUGCUAUUACUGCGACAGAGAGUUCGAGGACGAGAAGAUACUAGUGCAGCACCAGAAAGCGAAACACUUCAAGUGCCAUGCCUGCCACAAGAAGCUCUCUACAGCUAGCGGAAUGGUCAUUCAUGUCCUUCAGGUUCAUAAAGAGAACGUUACAAAGGUUCCUAAUGCUAAAGACGGUCGAGAUUCAACUGAUAUUGAAAUAUACGGAAUGCAAGGAAUCCCACCUCAUCUCUUGGCUGCUCACUACGGAGAAGAAGAGGAAGAGUCUCUAGCCAAAGUUGCAAAAGUUGAGAUUCCUUCCGUCCCUAUUGGUGCCGCAGUUCCUAGACCUUACGGAAUGGUAUAUCAACCUCAACAAGUGCCUGGUGCUGUGCGACCUAUGUACUAUCCCGGUGCUUCUAUUCGGCCUCCUGGUCCUGCAUGGCCUAUGCCUCCUCCACCGCAACAAUGGUAUCCACAUAAUCCAGCGGUUUCUGUUCAUCCACCUGCCCAUUUAGGGUAUCAUCCACAACAACUCUUUCCCGUUCAUGGUAUGGGGAUGACUGUGCCAACAUCAUCUAAUGUAGCCAAUGGAGUCACUCCUUCAUCAUCUCCCGCAAUGCCGGUUUCUCAACCUCUGUUCCCUGUUGUGAAUAGCAUCACUCCUUCCCAAGCUUCAGUGAAUGCAUAUCCGCCUAAUAACUCUUUUCCAGUGGGUGGGACUAAUCCUCAUUCGUAUGCUUCUGGUCCAGACACUAGUGGUCCUUCAAUCGGUCCACCUCCUGUGAUUGCAAACAAAGCUCCUACCUCUCAGCCUAAUGAGGUCUAUCUUGUAUGGGAUGAUGAAGCAAUGUCGAUGGAGGAAAGAAGAAUGUUCUUACCGAAAUACAAGGUGCAUGAUGAAACUAGCCAGGUAAGUUCUGAAAUUUCCCUUUUAAAGUUAAAGGUGCGUUUGCUUUGCACGUCUAACCCAUUCGGUAGGCUUUAUUUAUGCCUUUUUCUUUAACUCCAGAGGCUAUUGAUUCUGUGCUAAGAGGUACCUUUACUAUUUCAGUUUAUUGUUUCUUCGCUUAGAAUAAGAGAAUUAAGGACAUAGACAACAAUAGUAAAGCAUGUUUGAUCAUUGGUUUCUUUAGUAGCUUGCGAUAGUACUUGCAAAAAGUAGUAAAGAAAAAUGUGUUUGUAUCUGCUUGCUCUCUUCAUUGUGUAUCCUCUUUCCUCUUGUAUUGUAUUAAAAAAUAAUUGGUGAUUUGGUCCACAAGAUCAUACUCAACAGGUUUGGUUUCAAACCAGGUCAGCUCCUUUUUUUUUUAUUUCAUUAAAGUAUGCAAAGUUUGGUACCUUUGCACAAUCACUGUCUCGAGGAACAAGAAAAGAAAACUCUUUUUAGCCUUUCGACGAACUUUUUUAUUUACUGAGAACCGGGCUUUGCUGUUUCUGAAAUGGUUGCAGAUGAACUCGAUAAAUGAAGCCAUAGACAGACGAAUCUCAGAGAGUAGGCUUGCUGGGCGGAUGGCAUUUUAAAAGUUUUGGCACCAAACCUGUGAGUCGAAGAAACCAUCCAAGAAGAUGAUGAUGGGCUUUUGUUACAACUCAUCACUCACAUUUAUUCAGGUUUUUCAGAGGCUGAACUUGUAUUCUGAAUUUAAGUUAUUACAAUCUAUAUAUGAUGUAGUCUUUAGACUGGUGAGUUAGUUACCAUUUCAUUACUUUAGAGAUCUCAGGGAUUUUUUUCGAAGGUUUUUUUUUUUGUUUUGACUAUCGUUUACUAUAUAAAAACAGAUUCGCUCGAAA